AUGCCACUUGCUACCACGCCGUCGUUCCAUAAUACACCAGACUUGCCUUGGGUCGUUCAAAAGUUUGGCGGUACCAGCAUUGGCAAAUUCUUAGACAACAUUGCCAAUCAAGUCAUCAAGGAAUACGUCAAGGUCAAUCGACUUGUCGUCGUUUGUUCAGCACGUAGCGGCCAAAGCAAGCAAACAGGCACCACCAAUCGACUCAUUCGUGCAGCUGAUGAUGCUUUACGACCUGGAUCAUCCGAAUACAUCAGCAUUUUGAACGACUUGUUGGAAGAUCAUUUGAAGGUGGCGGAAGAAUUGGUCCAAAACAUUGAAAUCAAGGAGCAAUUGAAAAAAGACAUCGAGCAUGAUUGCGCCAAACUCAAAUCAUUCUUGGAGGCGGCACAGAUUAUCAAUGAGAUUUCUCCUCGCUCCCGAGAUAUCAUCAUCGGGGUUGGUGAAAAGUUAUCGUGCAGAAUUGUAGCUGCUGUGUUACAAGAUCGGGACGUGGAUGCAGCUUUUGUAUCAUUUGAAAACAUCAUCGAUCGUGAAUUUGAGGUGCUUGAUCAACGUUUCUAUGACUACUUAUCUCAACGCAUGGCUGAAAAGGUCAAUGAAUGUGGUAACAAAGUCCCAGUCGUCACUGGCUUCUUUGGUAUUGUUCCUGGUAGUUUAUUGAAUACGGUGGGUCGUGGUUACACCGAUCUUUGUGCAGCUCUUACGGCGGUUGGUCUGGGCGCUGAGGAACUCCAAAUUUGGAAAGAGGUGGAUGGUAUUUUCACAGCUGACCCACGCAAGGUGAAGGGUGCACGAUUGUUAUCCAUCAUCACUCCAGAAGAAGCUUCCGAGUUGACCUAUUAUGGCUCCGAAGUCAUUCAUCCUUUCACCAUGGAACAAGUCAUUCGUGCACAUAUCCCUAUUCGUAUCAAGAAUGUCCAAAAUCCCCGCGGCCAAGGCACUGUUGUAUUCCCCACCGAUGUUGUAUCAAAGGAUGGCACUUCUACCCCUCCUCAUUCACCCAAAGUACUCGCUGAAAAUGGAUACCACCUUGACUUGUCACGCAAGUACCCUACAGCAGUCACCAUCAAGGAUAAUGUCAUUGUACUCAACGUCCAUUCAAAUCGCAAGAGUGUCAGCCAUGGCUUUUUCGCAAAGAUCUUUUCCACCCUUGAUCGAUAUGGUGUUGUAGUCGAUCUCAUUUCUACAUCCGAAGUACACGUAUCAAUGGCAUUGGGUGUUGAUAGUGCAGAGAAGGAUUUACAACGUGUCAUUGAAGAUUUACGCACCGUUGGACGGGUUGACGUACUCAAGAGCAUGGCUAUUUUGUCAUUAGUGGGCAAGCAAAUGAAGAACAUGGUUGGUAUUGCCGGCAUGAUGUUUACUACGCUUGCAUCAGCUGGCGUCAACAUUGAAAUGAUCUCUCAAGGUGCUUCAGAAAUCAACAUUUCUUGUGUCAUCGACGAAAGUUCAGCGAUCACGGCCAUGAAUGUCAUCCACGAUCAAUUGCUAGACAAAAAGUCAGCUGUGGUGUUGCCUGCUCUUAGUGCAUCACAAACAUCUGUGCUUUUCGAUUAG